CCCGUUGCGGCGGCGGCCGCGCCCCCGCGGGAAGCCCCGCCCCGCCCGGGGGAGCCCGCCGGCGAGAGUGGGUUUCCCUUCCGGAGUAUCCGUUGCCCCCCCGCCCGCCGGGUUCGCUUCCGGCUCCGUCCGGGGGGCCCGUUCCUGGUGCCGCUGCCGAGGGGAGAGCGGGGCCCAUGGAGCCGCGGCUGUGAGGCGCCCCCGGCCCGGGCCCGCUCUGGGAGCCGGGCGGAGGCCGGGGCCGGGAGCCGCCGGAGCCGGAGGAGAUGGACAAACUGACCAUCAUCUCAGGAUGCCUUUUUCUGGCUGCCGACAUCUUCGCCAUCGCCAGCCUGGCGAACCCGGACUGGAUCAACACCGGCGAGUCCGCUGGUGCUCUCACAGUUGGCCUUGUGCGACAGUGUCAAACCAUCCAUGGACGUGACAGGACCUGUAUUCCUCCACGGCUGCCUCCUGAGUGGGUCACUACGUUAUUUUUCAUCAUUAUGGGAAUCAUUUCACUAACUAUCACAUGUGGUUUGCUGGUGGCUUCCCACUGGCGAAGAGAAGCUACUAAAUAUGCCCGCUGGAUAGCUUUCACUGGAAUGAUUCUAUUCUGUAUGGCAGCCCUAAUAUUUCCAAUAGGAUUUUACAUCAAUGAAGUUGGAGGUCAACCAUAUAAAUUACCCAAUAACACAGUGGUUGGGUCUUCAUAUGUACUGUUUGUCUUAUCCAUUUUCUUUACAAUAGUGGGACUUCUAUUUGCUGGCAAAGUUUGUUUACCUGGCUGAUGAAUGUCUGAACUGCAGGACUUGAUUUUGGAAAGACAUCAGAAUUGCAUUCUCAGGAGGAUGCCUAGAUCAGACUAUGAAACACAUACUGAAAAGAGGAAUGCUUUGACUUGUUCUCACUAUGCACUUUGGAUGAAAAAAAGGAGAGCCUUUCCUAUAACCAAAUACAGACAACGCUGACUGAUCUCCUGAGCAUAUUUAAUGCAGUCAGGUCUGCACUGUGAUAGGAACUAGUGAAGAAUGCUUUACACUGAGAAGCAUAACACCCCGUGUUACUGUACUGUUCCUGUUUUUAACGUCUAAUGAUUUGCAAGUCAUAAAGUAUUUAUGAACUUUGUGGUAGACCAGAGGGUUGCAGAGGAAUUCAAGUGAGGCUGGCCUCACUGUUUAAGAGAUUAGUAUUUUACAUCUUCCUUCUGAUGAGGAAAACCUUUGGCACCAAUGUGGAUCAAUCUUGCAUUACUGCACCAAGAAGCCAAUAGAUCAAACCAUUGUCUAGAUGUAUGUAAAAGCAAGAAAACAUACAGCCCCUCCUCCCCAGGAAGCUCUAGAAAAACCCUAAGGAACACUUUAGAGGGGGAUUUCUUCCUUAUAUUUAUAUAAAUAUAUAUAUAAAUAUAUAUAUAUUUUGCUGAUGCAGUAUCCAGUGUGUGUGUAUGUAUGUACGUGUGUGUGUGUGUGUGUGUGUAUACACAUAUAUGUACAUAUAUGUAUAUACACACAAAUGGUUCCUGGAAAAGAACUCAGAACGCUUUGCUAGCAAAACACUGUGGUGUGCAAAACUAGAACUCAAUAGAAAAAAGCCAUUUCUCUGAAGGCCACAUAGCUGAGAGUCUUCAGUUUACCUCAUUCUUUGUAGCAGCCCUUGAUUUUAACAGUUUUUUGUAACAGGUACAAACGAUCCCAUGCCUUUCUAGGUGCAAUUUUAAGUUAAGCUAAGAUUCUUUUUAUGGUAAUUUAUUUGUAUAUGAGGGUAGGAGGCGAGAUCAUGUCAUACCUUAAAGUUAAAACCCUAAUUUUUGGAAACGGACACUAUUUAAAUUAUGAGCAACUGUUGUACAGAAAGUCUCUUUUUUCUACUGCCUUGUUCCAUCAGCCUUCGUACAUGUCCAAGCACAGCCUUUUACCAUAGGGAAGCAUUUCUCUAGCACAUGUAAGAUGCAGUGUUUCAAGUAAUGCAAACACCAUUCCACUGCAAAGAUGGAUGAACUUCCUCUCCUUUGAGUAUUAAUGCAUCUUUACAACAAAAAAGCAAUAUAAUUGUUUAAAUAAUAUAUGCCUUGCUUACUAAAGUUAUUACUUUAAAUGUGGAUUUAAGGGCCACCCAAAUUUGGAGCACAUAGUCCUCACCAGUUUCAUUUUGUCAGCACAAGCAUAAGGCUUUGAAUCCACAGUCGCCACCAUUCACUACUCAGUCGAACCUCACAGAAAGAACAGAAAGGUGUCCCAGAAAAGCUGCCUGCACUCUCAGUCUUUCUUUUCCAGUUAACACAAGCUCUACCUGAGAUUCAUUAUGAAAACAAAAUAACUGUGUGUCUCAAGUGCUGUUUCAUUGAGCUUAUUAGAAAAGCUGCCUUGCUAACCAGACAUCCCCACAGUGUUAGUGGAAGUAUUUCAGAAUGAGGUUGUUGUUAAAAUAUAUUCAGCAGUUUCCAAAAUAAUCACCUAUCACAUAAGCUUAAGUGCUUGAAAAAUAAGAAAGGUUUCCCAGUUCUUUUAAACAGGGUGCCAUUCAGACCCUGGUGGCUCCCUUUCCAAGGUGUUUUAAUACACAAAAGGUUGGUUGGUUGCUGAAUUUUUGACAUUUUUGAUCAGACCUGUCACUGCAGUGUCUAUAAAGUGACUUUUUUUAUUCCAGUCAGCUCACUCACAGGUAGAAAGGAGUGCUUAUGGAUCACUAGAUUCUCCUAAAGUAUACUAAUCUGUAAAUACAGCCAGGCACCUAUUUGGAAGUAAUGGUUUAAAUAUGAUUUGGUUCCUCAUUUAAGCCUUUAUCUGCAUGGGUAGUCUGAGGUCCCCAGUGACGUUGGUGGAGAUAAAAUGCAGCGUUCUGGUGCUGGAUGUGUGUCUAGAUUUUUGGUAUUAUCACUGCUGUAUCCUAAGAUAAAGUAUUCACUAAAACUUAGACCAUAAAUUAUGUUGGGGGGGGGAAAAACAGAAGUGUCUUGUUUUUUUCCCCCCAGAAAUGUCACCCUUGUAAAUACUUGUAAGAAGUUUUUUGUAACUGGAAUGUAAGUGGGGGGAAGUUUCUUAGCUGCUAAAAUCUCUCCCCUCCCAUCUUACUUAUUUCAGUUGUAGUAACAUCAUGUAUGCAACAGAUUUAGGCUGAUCUUGGAGCAUAGCUAGACUGUGGCUGGCUGGCUGGAAAUGUAUCUGAUCUGCCAGUGCUAUUGCUAUGAAUUAUUAAAUGAUAGCAGAGAUGUAACUAGCAGAUCAAUGACUAAAUAUUGGAGCAUUUUAAGUCCAGAAUUAGAUGCAGCCAUCUGCAUUUUAAAGAUCUCCACCCAGUAAUUGAAGAGACAACUCUCAACAGUUGCUUUUAAUAAGGUCACUCAGUACUAUGUAGUACAGCAUUAACUUAUAGCAGAAAAUCAUAUCUUGUCAACUGUAUAUAAAACACUGUUUCAUGGUGCAAUCAUUUGUCAAACUUCUGUUCCUUUACUUACAAUGUUGUGUGCAUUCUUUUUGCACCCAAGAGCAUCACUGUAAACUCUGCUGAAGACUAUUUAUAGGUUUUAUUUGCACAAGGUUGUUUUAAACUACGGGAAGAUGCCUAAACAUCUGUAGACCUUUGUUUUUUUGGUCCAUGAAAAGCAAACGUUUCCAUCCCUGUCUUCUCCAAAGGUAGUCCUGUAUUUGUGUUGAGUGUUUACAUGAACUGUGCUGACUCUGCCAGCCCUUCCAUUGACCUUUUCGAAGGACAGCUCAUUUCAUGUGUCACCAGGGAUUCUUCAUCAGCCUCUUGCUUAAAGAUUCCCCCAAAGGUUUGAUGUCCCAUCGCUCACGUAAUUCGUGCACACUUCGUCGUUUAUCUGGCUAACAACCUGUAAGAUUAGAAACGUCAGAUACCGUCGGAAGGCAAACGACUUAAUUUGUCUGUACAAUUCUUUACUCUUGAGCUCAGCUGAACUAAUCACCUGGACCUGGGGAGGUUGUGCUUCCGUGAACACCCCAGGCUAACCGCUGAAGGUCGUUUUCCGUCGUUAAUCUUGCUGGCGAGUGCUACCAGGUUCCUGCAGCCGCUGGUAGUUUUGCACCACCACCUGAGCCCGGACCGUGGGCUGAAGCCAAGGCGCCGGAUCGGGGCCCUCGUGUCGUUACCUGUGUUUGAGCCGUUGUUUAACCACUUCCGAACACAACUGUAGAUUACUGUUUGCCCCAACACACACACACACACACACACACACACACAGCUGUCCUUUGAAACCCUUGUGAAGGAUGAAAGCGAUGAAGGAAGCGCUGUCCGCAAGCGGGUUGUCCUGCCUGGGCGCCGCGUCGCUCCCCGCCCGAGGCCUGGCCGCCUGCGCCCCCCGCCCCGGCCUUUGCUGAGGAUUGUUUUCUAAUUGGUUCGAACAUUUUUCACUCAAUGAUUUCCGAACAAAUGUUAAUACAGACUGUAUAAAAGGAACAUGAUUUUCUUCACUUGUA